CGCGGUCGUCCGAGCGCGGCUCAGCGGCGCGGCGGAGACUCGGCACGGCGGCGGCCAGGCGCAGGCGGGCGGGCAGAGCAGCGGACGGCGCCGAGGCCGCCCCAAGCGCCGGGCUCCCGGCGGCGGAGCGCGCCGGAGUGGUCGGGGCCCGCGGCCACCCGCGCCUCUCGAUGGGCAGCUCGCACUUGCUCAACAAGGGCCUGCCGCUGGUAAGACUUUGACCCCGACGCAGGCUUCAGUGAUUGCCGUGGAUCAGAAGCCUGAGCGCUUUGGCUCGAGACAAUUAAGGACGUGGGAUGAGGCUCCGAGACAGGACGCGGUUCUGCCUGGGGAUCCUGAAGAUAAAAAGCUUUGAAAAGUCGAAUUCAUGGUCGUGGAAGCCGAGCCCAUAUUAAGAGAUGUCAGGUGUCCGACCUCCGAUCAUGAACGGGCCCCUGCACCCGCGGCCCCUGGUGGCACUGCUGGAUGGCCGGGACUGCACGGUGGAGAUGCCUAUCCUGAAGGACGUGGCCACUGUGGCCUUCUGUGACGCUCAGUCCACGCAGGAGAUCCACGAGAAGGUCCUGAAUGAGGCCGUGGGGGCCCUGAUGUACCACACCAUCACACUCACCAGGGAGGACCUGGAGAAGUUCAAAGCCCUGCGCAUCAUAGUCCGGAUCGGCAGUGGUUUUGACAACAUUGACAUCAAGUCGGCCGGGGAUUUAGGCAUCGCCGUCUGCAACGUGCCUGCAGCGUCCGUGGAGGAGACAGCCGACUCGACGCUGUGCCACAUCCUGAACCUGUACCGGCGGGCCACCUGGCUGCACCAGGCAUUGCGGGAGGGCACGCGAGUCCAGAGCGUGGAGCAGAUCCGAGAGGUGGCGUCCGGCGCCGCCAGGAUCCGUGGGGAGACCUUGGGCAUCAUUGGACUCGGUCGUGUAGGGCAGGCGGUGGCGCUGCGAGCCAAGGCCUUCGGCUUCAACGUGCUCUUCUACGACCCCUACCUGUCAGACGGCGUGGAGCGGGCACUGGGGCUGCAGCGCGUGAGCACCCUGCAGGACCUGCUGUUCCACAGCGACUGCGUGACGCUGCACUGCGGCCUCAACGAGCACAACCACCACCUCAUCAAUGACUUCACCGUCAAGCAGAUGAGACAAGGGGCCUUCCUGGUGAACACGGCCCGGGGUGGCCUGGUGGACGAGAAGGCGCUGGCCCAGGCCCUGAAGGAGGGCCGGAUCCGCGGCGCGGCCCUGGACGUGCACGAGUCGGAACCCUUCAGCUUUAGCCAGGGCCCCCUGAAGGACGCACCCAACCUCAUCUGCACCCCCCACGCCGCAUGGUACAGUGAGCAGGCAUCCAUCGAGAUGCGAGAGGAGGCAGCACGGGAGAUCCGCAGAGCCAUCACAGGCCGGAUCCCAGACAGCCUGAAGAACUGUGUCAACAAGGACCAUCUGACGGCCGCCACCCACUGGGCCAGCAUGGACCCCUCGGUUGUGCACCCAGAGCUCAAUGGGGCCGCCUACAGCAGGUACCCUCCUGGCGUGGUGGGUGUGGCCCCCACUGGCAUCCCAGCUGCUGUGGAAGGCAUCGUGCCCAGCGCCAUGUCCCUGUCCCACGGCCUGCCCCCUGUGGCCCACCCGCCCCACGCCCCUUCUCCCGGCCAAACUGUCAAGCCCGAGGCGGAUCGAGACCACGCGAGUGACCAGUUGUAGCCCGGGAGGAGCUCUCCAGCCUCGGUGCCUGGGCGGAGGCCCGGAAGCCCCUCGGACCCGAGCGUGCAGAGGAGGUGCCUGCGUGGCGGCCCUGGCGCUGCAGAGACUGCCGGGCGGUGCAGGAGGCGGGUGGGCAGCGCCGGUCCCGUGUCGGUUGUCGUCGUCCGUCCCGUGGGCUCUGUCCUGUGUCCUUCGCGUCCCUCGUUAAGCAGAAGAAGUCAGUAGUUACUUUCCCAUGAACGUUCUUGUCUGUGUACAGUUUUUAGAACAUUACAAAGGAUCUGUUUGCUUAGCUGUCAACAAAAAAAACCUGAGGGAGCAUUCGGAAAUCAAUUGGAGGUUAUUUUUUCCUUUUCUAUGUUGGAACGUGCCCCAGAUGAGGCAGUUGGCAAACUUCUCAGGACAAUGAAUCCUUCCCGUUUUUCUUUUUAUGCCACACAGUGCAUUGUUUUUUCUACCUGCUUGUCUUAUUUUUAGAAUAAUUUAGAAAAACAAAACAAGGCUGUUUUUCCUAAUUUUGGCAUGAACCCCCUUGUUCCAAAUGAAGACGGCAUCACGAAGCAGCUCCAGGAGAAGCUUGGGCGGUGCCUGGCACGCCCGCUGCCCGCCGACGUCUGUCCUGGGGACGCGGAGGGUGGCAGCGUCCCCACCUGCACCGGUGCCGUCCUGCUGAUGUGGUAGGCUAGCAAUAUUUUGGUUAAAAUCAUGUUUGUGACUGUAACCAUUUGUAUGAAUUAUUUUAAAGAAAUAAAAAUCCCGGAAAGAG